UAAGAUGUAAUAUAAUUAUAAGUGAUAUAAAUAAAAUCAUAAUAAUGUAUAGAUUAAUACAUCAUCAAAAAUUUAUUUUUCAAAAUCAAAGGAUUUUACCUUUUACAUAUACUUAUAUGCGAUAUCAAAUACAACAAGAAAAAAAGAUAGAAAAACAUAGAAUAUCUAACAUCAAAGAAUAUUGGUUUAAUAAAUAUAUAAAUUAUAUUAAAAAUUAUGAUAAAAUAUUGGAAAAAAGAUUUCCAAAGACAAUGCAUGUAUAUCGUAUAUUUAGUAUCGGUACCAAAGAUUUUAUUCAAGAUACAAAAAAAUUUAUCCAAAUAAAGACAAAAAAUAUUGAUACUUUAACUGCUGAUGAGUUACAAUUAUCAUAUACAGUGCAUAAAGAUAUUGUAAAGUUAUUUCCUGUUUUAUUAAUAUCUGCUCUUCCUUUUACAAAUUACAUCAUCUUUCCUUUAGCAUAUUAUUUUCCAAGAUAUCUUUUAACUUCUCAUUAUUGGACAUUACAACAAAAACUUGAAUUUAUGCUAUUGGAUCAUAAAAAAAGAUUAAAACAUAACAGACCAUUAUUUAGAUGCAUGCAAGCAGAGCUUCAUAAUAUUAAAGAUCACAAAUUGAAAUUAAAAUGGAGUGGUAUUAUUGCAUGUCUUGGCAGUGGUACACAUCCUAAUGUGAAAGAUAUUAUUGCCUGUUCUGAAUUAUUUGCAAAUGAACCAUUUUCAUUAAAUAGUCUUAAAAGGAAACAUAUAAAAGAAUUACUUAGUAUUCAUGAUAUAUCUUCUUGGAAACUUUUUAAAAGAAGGAAAUUAAAAGAACGGAGUAUGUUAAUAAAACGAAUGGAUCAAGCUCUACAAAGAGAAGGUGGAACUACAACAAUGUCAAAUGAUGCAAUACGCUGGGCACUUUCAUUUAGGGGUGUAAAUCCUGCAAAUAUGUCUUUAGAGAGUAUGAGAAAUUGGCUUGAACAAUGGUUUAUAAUAUCAAAUACAGUUAAUGAAAACACACUUUCAUUGUUAUUACAUUGUCCAAUAUUGUUGGCAUACAAUCAUCCUACUAACUGGAUUCUUGUGUAUAGUUAAAACUGCUAUUAAAUUUGUUUUUUAUUAUAAAAAGAUAUAUAAAAAUUGUAACAAUACAAAGCUUAAA